AUGAGGAUGCUUGUUAUGAUCCUUCUGCUUAUCCGCCAAAAGUUGCAAUGUGGAAAUCCCAUGGAGAAGGAGAAGGAGAAGGAAAAGAAAGUGAUUGCUGCUCGUGGGAUGGUGUUGAGUGUGACAGGGAGACUGGUCAUAUCAUCGGCCUUCACCUUGCCAGAAGUUGUCUCUAUGCUUUCAAGGCUUAGGAGUCUCGAUCUCUCUUUUUCUAGAUUCUCUGGCCAAAUCCCAUCGGAACUCUUAGCGCUGUCCAAAUUGGUUUUCCUUGAUCUCUCGGGAAACCCAAUGUUGCAGCUUCAAAAGCCUGGCUUGAGAAAUAUGGAAACCAGUCCCUUAGAAAUGUUGCAUCUUGCUGGUACAAGUUUUUCCGGUGAGUUACCAACUUCAAUUUGGAGGCUUGGUUCUUUGACUAAUUUGGACAUCAGCUCAUGCAAUUUCCAAUUAUUAGACAAUGGGUUAUCAUUGCUCAGUUACACCAAAUUCAAGUUUUUAGAAUUGGAUGCUUGCAACUUAACCAAGAUUCCUGAUUUUCUGCAGAAGCAAGAUGAAUUGAAGUUGCUCUCCCUCUCCAAUAACAAAAUUCAUGGUCCAAUUCCAAAGUGGAUAUGGAACAUAAGCAAAGAAACCCUAGAGUAUCUGGACCUUUCUGGAAACUUUUUAAUAGGCUUUGACCAACCUCCAGUUGUGCUUCCAUGGUCCAAGUUAAAAAGUUUAAACCUUGAUUCUAACAUGUUGCAAGGACCACUUCCAAUUCCACCACCAUCAACCUCUGAAUAUCUUGUCUUUGGAAAUAAAUUGAUAGGAGAAAUUUCGCCACUUAUUUGCAACAUGAGUUCUCUUAUGUUACUUGAUUUGUCUAGUAAUAAUUUGAGUGGCAGGAUUCCUCAAUGUCUGGCCAACUUCAACAAAUCUCUGUUCGUACUGGAUCUGGGAAACAACCGCCUUGAUGGCCCCAUUCCUCAAACAUGCACAAUGCCAAAUAAUUUGAGGGUGAUUGAUUUAGGUGAAAAUCAAUUCCAAGGCCAAAUACCCAGAUCAUUUGCCAAUUGCAUGAUGCUCGAGCACCUUGUUCUCGGAAACAAUCAAAUUGAUGAUAUUUUCCCUUUUUGGCUUGGAGCUCUCCCACAACUACAGGUUCUUAUUUUGAGAUCCAACAGAUUCCAUACUCAAGGGGCUUCAUUUGCUGAACCUUGGUGGCAACAAUCUUACUGGCCUUAUCCCAUCCUCCCUGGCAAACCUAACACAACUGGAGUCAUUGGAUCUUUCCCAAAACAAGCUCUCAGGCAAGAUCCCUUGGCAACUAACAAGGAUGACAUUCCUUGA